AUGCAAGUUACAUUUGUAGUUGUGGGUGUAUUGGCUGUAGCUGCCUUGUUGGUGAUAAGGUUGGCUUUCGUCUUACCAGCGUUGGAGCAUCAUCAACUGAGGAAAAAACCACUAAAGAUCAUAGAGGAGAAGAGCAUUAUGGUAUUGUUGGGAUCUGGGGGACACACAGGUGAAAUGAUUAGAAUCUUAUCUUCUACAGAGAGUGUAACAAAAGCUAAGAAACUAUACUGGGUGAUAAGUUCCGGUGAUUCAAGUUCAUCUAUUCAUUUACAAAAACUUCAAAAUGAAUUAAACAUUUCUGAAAGAUCCAAAACAAUUGAAUUACCAAGAGCUAGAAAAGUUGGUGAAGGUUUAAUAUCAUCAAUUGGGUCCACUAUCAAAACUAUAAUUUCCACAUUCAAACAAUUUAUACAAAUGAAAGCAUUCCCCGAUGUUUUGAUGGUCAAUGGUCCAGGUACUUCUGUUCCAAUAUGUUACUUCUUCUUCAUUUUAAAGUUAUUCGGUAUACAUAGUACCAAGAUCCUAUACAUUGAGAGUUUAGCUAGAGUCAGUGAUCUCAGUUUAAGUGGUAAGCUUUGUUAUUUGAUAAGUGAUAGAUUCAUUGUUCAAUGGGAGAAGCUCCAAACCAGAUAUCCUAAUGCUGAAUGGUAUGGUAUUCUUGUGUAA